AUGCUUAACACUUUACCUUGCGAGAUCAUAUUGGAUGUCGCAGAACGGGUGCGUCUUCUUGGGCAUCGUCGCUCUUUCAGCCAGCUUUGUUCAAGGGUUAAAGCUGUUUUGGUCCCCCUACUAUAUCGCACCGUCACGUUUCGUGCUGCGAGUGAGUGGGCCCUGAAUGUACUGGAUAUAGAUGCAUUCUUGUUGAGCCAGUCACAUUUACAGUCCAUUAGCAACCUCCAGCAUACUCGGCACCUGGGUAUCCAGGCCCAAAUACAUAUUGCCCGAUUCAAUCGCUGUGCACACUAUAGUAUCUUCCGCACAUCGGGGUUGACACAAAUCCCAUCUACCCUGGGCUCUUCUGAUGAGGCCAAAGCGCAUCGGCAGUUUUUAGAUGACAUCUCUGACCAAAUGCAAAUGGUCUUCGCAUGUCUCAAAGAAAAUAGCCUCCUUUCUUUCCAGUGGGUUCUUGGCACCUGCCUUUCACCAGGUAUCCUGGAUACAAACGGAUACCUAUGCCGGCAUCAGAGGAGCCUUAAUAGGCUUUCGCUCAUCACGGAUGGGUCGUGUCCCGAGGCAGGAGGUGCCCUGAAUGGACUCUCCGAGCUUUUGUCUUUGAAAACCAUAGAGUGGGAAGGUAUUCAGCAGCCUGCUGAGAUCGAUUCUUUGCAACGAUGCAUCCGCCGGAAUUCUUCACAUCUGACAACUUUGUCAAUUGGGCUUGUCAGCUCUGCUGCUGCCCCGGAUCUUGUUGAGAACAUUUUUGAACAGCCCUCGGGGGUAUUCCAUUCAAGCGCUCUCCCUGCAUUAUCAUCCUUAACGCUGUAUAAAGCUCCCUUUCCACAAACCCUUCACCUCGGGUCGAGGUGGAGAUGCGGUUCCCUCCGAGCUUUGUCUUUGCGUAAUUGCCCAAAUCAGCUGCGGUUCUUGAAGUCCUUGUCACGCUCAAAAGACACUCUACAACUGAAGCUUUUUGAAUUC